CGUCACGCUGGUCGUUCAGCGAGCUGCUGGGCUAGUCACACCAACCACCACUCUUGAUCGACAAACACUGGUCUGACCACAAGCAACUGGUUUUGAACCCGGAUUACUUCUUUUAUACGAUUCAUAGUCUGUUUCGUCAACAGCGUAGUUAUAGGGAACGUUUCAGAGUUACGUUUCCGAGUUUGUAUAUUUGCGGCGCCUGUUAAACUUUUGCGUGCGUGUCGACUUCGGAAGAAGAAAUGGGGGAUAAUGAUUUACAAAUGGAGAUUACAGGGCAAACGCAGGAGUCUUCAAGCGGGGACAAGAUCGACUUGUCCUUAGAUGACAUCAUAAAGCUAAAUAAAAGGAAGCAAAAUGCGAUCAGAGCAUCCAACAGAGCUAAAAGUAAACGUGCAGCUGUGUUGAAUAAAUUCAACCAGAUUCCACAGCAGCAGAGGGGACGCGGACGGGGAGCACAGCAGUACCAAGGGCCUGGCAGGGUGAGAGGUUUCAGGAGACAAAGGGGAUCUGGGAGGGGCAUGAUGUCAAGAGGCAGUAGUGUUAGUCCAAUGAACAGAGCUGCAGCCAGCACCAUGACAGGUGGACAGUUUGAUCAGACCACAUUCACAUCGAGAGGGACGUUCAGAGGACGAGGCAGAGGUAGAGGAGGCAGCUUGAGCAGGGGUGCGUUGUCAGCAAGAGGACAGAGAACUUCACAGAAGGGUGGAAGACUAUUUGUAUUAGACAGAGGGUUUUCUGCCACAAGAAGGGCUGAGAAGUUAGAAAAUUAUCAGAAGAUAAGUCGAAGAACAGCACCAUCUGACUCAACGCUGACAGUUUCCUUGCCAAAUGCUAAAUCUGCACCUGUCGCUCUAAGGAGAACUAAUCAGAACUGGAGGGGUGGGGCAGCGUUAAGGGGCAGAUCAUCUGGAGGAGCAAGUACUACUUCACCUAAAGGCAUUCAUCUGCACUUUAACUACAAAGCAACUACUAACCAGACUGGACAAUCCCUCAAUGACCGUUUCACUGACCUAAAGGUCAUAGGGCGAGGGAGUGGAAGAGGAAGGGGCAGAGGAAGAGGAGAUAUCGCAGGCGGUGGAAGAGGCAGGGGAGACAUUGCACAGGGUGGACGAGGCAGAGGAAACAUAUUAAAGGGUGGACGAGGCAGAGGAAACAUUUUACAGGGUGGACGAGGCAGAGGAAACAUUUCACUGGGUGGACGAGGCAGAGGAAACAUUUCACUGGGUGGACGAGGCAGAGGAAACAUUUUACAGGGUGGACGAGGCAGAGGAAACAUUUUACAGGGUGGACGAGGCAGAGGAAACAUUUUACUGGGUGGACGAGGCAGAGGAAACAUAUUGCAGGGUGGACGAGGCAGAGGAAAUGGAAGGGGCGGUUUCACAAGAGGAAAUGGAAGGGGAGGUUUCACAAGAGGAAGAGGCUUCACAAGACAAGCUGACCGAACUGUAACUCUUCAAUAAUUUUAAUAACAACUAUUUGUGCCAGGAGCAGCUGUUUACUUAAGAGAAAUCUGAGGAUUGUGAUUUAUGAUGUUAUUCAAAUGAAUAUUUGAAAGAUUUCAAAUAAUGGGAUAAGGGAGUUCAAUAUCGUCGCUGUCCCUUUGAAACCUCCAAAUUCAGUUGAUCAGUAAAUGAAAAAAACACUGGACUUUUUAAAUGAUUAAAUACUGUUGUCAAAGUUGACAAGCACUUUUUAAUACAUUUUUUGGUUAGAUAUUUACAAAACCCAGUGAUAAACAUAAAGGGUGAGUAAUAAUAAUGCAAUUCGGAGAAACAAGGUUUGAGAAUACAGCGGCUAUAUGCUUUUCAAUGUUACCACUGAAGAUAAUGGAGUGCCUCAAUAUUUAUCAUAUCUGUAUGUUAAACUGGUUUGCAUUCUGAAACUAGAAGUGUAUAUCCCAGUAAUAAAAAUAUUGUUUUAAAAUGGUUUCAGUAUGCAAAAAAAGGUUUACAUUUGAUAGUUACAUCAAUUCAAUAAACACCAAACCAUGGUGAUUUUUGAUAAAUUAA